CCUCAGACCAGCAGGGAGGUGGUGUGGGGCAGCGGUUGUCGGCUGGGAUGAGGGGAUGUUUUGUUUGUUCUUAAACACUGGAUAUGCUGGGUCAAUGAACUGUUACUCCAGGAAGCAGAGCUGAGAGGACAAGCUGAGGAGACAUCAUUGCAACGGCAAGCAGGAAUGCAACGCUUUCCCAGAAGUCUCGCAUCUAGGGAAGCAUGCACAUACUCUACUGCAAGAAAGCAACAUUUGGGGCUCUUUAAACCACUGACUGUAACCUGGUCCAGCUUUCUCAGUGCCUGCUGAAAAAGACUUUUCUUCUUCCAUACCUUUAAAGCAGACUACAAGACUAUCCUCCUCAGCAGGAUUUAAGAUCUUCCUGGACACUUUACCAUCCCCUACACACACAAGAUGAUUGACCUAAGCUUCCUAACAGAGGAGGAACAAGAGGCGAUAAUGAAAGUGCUGCAACGGGAUGCAGAGCUUAAAAGAGCUGAAGAAGAGAGAGUCAGGCAUUUACCAGAAAAAGUCAAAGAUGAUGUUCAGCUGAAGAAUAUGAGCGGGCAGUGGUUUUAUGAAGCAAAGUCAAAGAGGCACAGAGAUAAGAUACACGGAGCAGAUAUCAUCAGAGCUUCCAUGCGCCGGAAACCUGCCACUCUUGCUGAAAUGAGUCAGAACAAAUCAAAGAACAGCUGGGUGAGCAACGUUAAUAAAGAAGUCUUUGUGCCGCCAGAACUACAUGGCAUUGUGGAACAUCAAGAAGAAGAACCACUGCAAUCUAGUUCGAGAAUUGCCCAAGAAAUCCUUGUGUAUGAAAGCUUGACAAAUUGUUGUCAUGCAUUGUUAGUUGUUCUGCAUUCAAAUGCAGAACAAUCUUCAGCCUACCUCUUCAAGGAAAAGGUUGGAGAGGCUUCCAUUCAGAAUAAGGCAAGACAGUCAGCUUGGAUAUGCUUGAAUGGCUAUAUUGUUGCAGGAAAGCUGUAUGCAAGGCUUGUCUCCUACUAUGCAUUUGUACAAUACCUAGUAGCGCUUGAAUCUUUCACUUUCGUGGUCUGCAAACUGGGCACGCACAUUCACGAUGAACAGCACCAGAGUUCUAAACCAAUAACCUCUCUGUUAGACAAACCAGAGGAAAGAUCUACAAAGGCAGCAGUCUCACCAGUAAAGCAAAGGAGAAAUCCAUUUAAUUUCACUGCAUCAGGUGAUAACUUGAACAGUGGGGAAUUAGAAAACAGACCAGCCAUUCUACCUCAGCUAUCAAAUAAGGAAAUUUUGUCACCCUCAAAAGAGAGGCAACCUAAACCAAGCUUAGUAAAUGAUGAAACAGAGGAACAUAAGAAGCCUUCUGUAGAACCUACUGAUGAAUCACAGAAAGGACUAGUUAAGCGUCCUGUCCCAAAAGCCAGAAAAUUAAUUCACAAAGCAACGGAUCCUGUGUCACAAAGAGAAGACUUUGUUCCAAAACCAGCCAAACGGACCGAGAGGAUUAAUGGCAUUGGUACACCGCCCAGGGGCAUUCUGAAGCGCAGUUCAAGUUCAAGUUCCACUGACUCAGAAGUUCGUGUUAGUCAGAUGUUAGAUGUUCAGAAAAAGAAUGGUCUUCCUACAGCAACUAUUUUUGAAGGAGAAGCUGAGAAGAACUCUCUUACAGAAGAAGCAGAAGAUUCUACACAGAUUUCACUGGAAAAACUGAAACAAGUGAGGUUCUCAUCUAGUACAGAUAAAGGAGCACCUUUGCAAAGCCCACAGCUACACCAUGGUAGAGAAAAAGGAGAGUUUGAUUUGUUAGAAUCUGACGAAAUAAAGAGUGGUGGAAAUGAUGCUGUUAGAUCAGAUUCAUCUGGGAAUAAGCAAAUGUCUGCUGUAAAGCCUUUGGGAACCUAUUCAUCAGCUUUACAAGUGAAAACAAUAGAUGGCUUACAAAAUGAUACUUUGGCAUCCGGUCCUUGUGACACUAAUAGGUCGGUCUUCCUGGUUAAUGAAACCUUGCAGACAAAGACAGUUACUCCUAAGAAACUUGAAACUCCACAGAAGACCUCCAGCAAUAUCCUGCCAAAUAGCAAUAAUGAACUGAGUGUUGAUGAGACUUGUGAGAAUGAAGCCAACCAGUUCUUGAGCCAUGAAUCAAAGUCACACAAAAACUUUACUGAUGAACAUCAGCUUUCUGCUAAGACAGAACAAAUGUCUGUCAACAAAAGUGACGUGUCAAAUACCAAUUCUACAAGUCUUCAACAAGGUAAGCUUGAUCUUGUUGAGGAGCGACAUGCUAAAACCACUUUCAAGCCUGACAAACAUGCUGAUGAACUCAUGAAAGUGGCCAGUGAAUCUGUAUCAAAAGUUUUAGAUUGGUUUAAAAGAAGUUCUGGUACUGAAGACAGGAAACAUGUAUCAGCUACAUCCCAAGGCAGGGAAACCAAAGAGGAAGUGAACUUCUCAACCAGAACAGCAGUUCUUCCAACAGAACACAGCGGGCCCAGCAUGGAUGGAAAAACAGAAGUUAAAGAAGAGUUACCGUUUGGGAAGAUUAAACAAUGGAACAGUAUUUCAUCUACAUCAUUUAUUUCAGAAGAUACACAGCUGAUAAAAGAGAGGAUGAAACCUAAGAAAGGGGAAGAGAAUGAGGAGCAAAAUGACAAAUCACAAACUGGAUUUGUCUGUACAAGAGUUGAAGAAAAAGAACAUGGUCAAGAAAUCAAGCGACAAAAUCAAAUAUCAAAUCUCUUGGUACAUCAAGAACACAAGCUACCAGCUCAGAAAUGUGAAUUGGAGAAGGCAAUACGAGAAAAAAGAAGAAUAAGGGAGAUCAGAGCAUUCUGGGAAAGAGAUAAAACUACCCCCAGUCAUGGAGAGGAAGAAGUUAAUAUCAAUACUAAUGCAUCAGGUGGCUGUGCAUUGAAAGGUCUUGGAGAAAGCGACAAAAUAAAACAAACUUCAGUAUACCUACCUAAUGGAUUGGAUGAUCAAAGCAAGAAUACAUUAAGAAGUGCUGAACUAAGUUGUGCAAGCCAGGCUUCAAGAAACAACCAUCAAAACUCUUUUGAGUUUGGACCAGGCCAUGCAGUUGAAAAGCCAGAAGGAACACUUCCAUCUGGUGAAGUUCAUGAAUAUGUAGAAUUGCCAAAAGCCAGUAACUUGCAGCCAAGCGUUGGUGCAACUUCAGCUUCACCAGAAAGCAAGGACAAAGAUGAAAAAGAAGCAAUUAAAGGAAAAGUUGCUGCUUGUUCCCAACAGAAGCCCAGCUUCCAGGUUUUGUCUUUAAAAGAAAAAAUGAGUGAAAAAUCCAAGCAUCAAAUUUCAGAUCCUUCACAGUUCCAGAGUUUGAGAAACUUCUGGGAUACUGGGGUUAAAUUACAGAGUAGCCUUGAUAGGGGAGGUGUUUCUUUGCCAAAUCAUACUAGUUCAAUAAUCUAUGACAGAAAAUCAAAGGAAGAUGAAAAAGGCAGAGAUAAGCAAGAGUUAAUUCAACAACAAACCCAAACAUCGGAGAGAGAAGAAAAACAGAAAUCAGAUUCUGUGGUGUGUGAACUGCCUCUAGGAUCUCCUACCCUGAAAGGUCUCAAUGUGACACACACAAAAAAUACACACUCUGUACAGCUGGACAGAAAACCAGUUAUCUCAAAACCACAGGAAAAGAUGGAUCGUCCAGAGCAAGAAGUUAAAGAAUGUGUAGAGAAAAAUAUUGUUUCAUCAAAAGAACAUCAUGUUUCCUUGCAGUUGCUCCAAUCACCUGGCGAUAAAGAUGCUUUAAAGGAGAAAGCAGUGGAUGAUUGGCUAUGUUUACCUAUAGAAAAAGUGGAGAACAAGGCUACUCCAUUAGAAAUCAGUCUUCCUAAAGAGGAAGUUGCAGAGACUGUGGAUAAGGUGGUUCUACCUAAAGCUGAGCUUGAUGUAUUUAAAUUAGGCCUAAAGAAGUUAGAAAAGGAAGCCUCUGAGAUGUCAUCUAGCUUGAACCUAAAAGAAAACAUUUUGAAAGGGACAACUUUUCACUCAAAUCAGUGCAAAGUUUCUGAAAGAACAGUAGAAGAGAGCCAUGACACUUUUCCUGCUGAUCAAAAAGAAGAAAUAAGCAAAAGCACAGGAGAAGUGAUUGUGCCAUCAACAGAUGAGAAUGAAAACAAAAGCAGCCUCAGGAAACUGUUUAGAGAAUUUGAACCUUUCUGUCUACGACAUCAGCCAGCAGAGAAGGAUGAUGCUCUUAGGGGUUCUCGGAGGCCUCAAGCUGGUUUGCAGAACGUGCUCAGAGAAAACUUUGCAUCUCAAACUUCUGAAUAUAGAAGGCUGGGAAUGAAAACAUCCAGUGACACAAAUGGUAUGUUACACACUAACUGUAGUGUAGAAUCAACAUGCCAGGAAGAUACUGGUCAGCCUGAAGAGGUCAAUGAGACCACAGAAAAAUCUGUUGCCCCAUCCAAGGUCAGUGGCUUGAGUUCUGCUUUAGAGAAGCUCAUGAAGGAGGCCACUGAAACACCACCUCCUAAACCAAAACGUGCUGACGGCACAGUACAGAGAGCUGCUGAGAUGGAAGUUAAAAGCAUGACCUAUGAGAAUGAUGGAGAGCUGCCGCAGGAAAUCAGAGAGACCAUAGAAAAAUCUGUUGUCCCAUCCCAGGUCAGUGGCUUGAGUUCUGCUUUAGAGAAGCUCAUGAAGGAGGCCACUGAAACGCCACCUCCUAAACCAAAACGUGCUGACGGCACAGUACAGAGAGCUGCUGAGAUGGAAGUUAAAAGCAUGACCUGUAAGCAUGAUGGAGAGCUGCUGCAGGAAAUCAGAGAGACCAUAGAAAAAUCUGUUGUCCCAUCCCAGGUCAGUGGCUUGAGUUCUGCUUUAGAAAAGCUGCUAAAGGAGGCCACUGAAACGCCACCUCUUAAACCAAAACGUGCUGACAGCACAGUACAGAGAGCUGCUGAGAUGGAAGUUAAAAGCAUGACCUAUGAGAGUGAUGGAGAGCUGCUGCAGGAAAUCAGAGAGACCAUAGAGAAGUCUGUUGUCCCAUUCCCGGUCAGUGGCUUGAGUUCUGCUUUAGAAAAGCUGCUAAAGGAGGCCACUGAAAUGCCACCUCUUAAACCAAAAUGUGCUGAUGGCACAGUACGGAGAGCUGCUGAGAUGGAAGUUAAAAGCAUGACCUAUGAGCAUGACAGAGAGUUGUUGCAGGAAACUGGUGAGACCGUAGAAAGAUCUGUACUGUCCAAGGCUGAAUAUGGAGUGCUUGAUGUUAAUUUGCAGAUGCUACCGAAAGAGGUCUCUGAAACACCACCUUUUAUGCUAAAAAAUAUGAAUAAGAAAAUGCAAGGUAAAAUACAGACUAGUCAAAGUAUGCAUGCUCCACAUGAACAAGAGAGAGAUGAUCCUCAAGAAAUACAAGAAACAAUAGAAAAAACUUCUGUUUCAAAUAUUGCAAAAUUCAGUGAAUUCAGUAGCUCUUUAGAAAAACUUCUUCAAGAAGCAUCUGAAACUUCAUCUCCAUUAUCUGAAGAGUUACAUAAACAAGAAAAGUUUGGGGAUCAUAUGUUUCCAUCACAAAAAGAGACUCUAUUCAUGACAGUGUCACAGCCUUAUAAUGCUUUAAGUAGCUAUCAUACCCAGAUGAAGAUAGCUAUUAAAGAGGGAGCUCCAGAACAAAGUGUCAAAACUUCAAUAAAUGAUCUGACAGUAAGUGAAAUUGAAGCUUCUGAUCUCUCUAAAAGAAAUGGAGCUUCUAAUAAAAUAGAAGAGAGAAACAGGGCUCCAGUUGAUCCCUCUUUCUUGGAAGGAGAGACCAAUAUGAUUGCAAUCAAGCAGUUCAAGAUAAACAAAAAAGGAAGGAGAGGUGAAAUCACAUCCUUGGAUACCUCUGAAAAUAAUUCAGAAUUUAAAGCACUGUUGAAAUUCAGAAGAGCAAGCACACCACUUAAAGAUGAGAGCAACUCCCUCCAGCCAGAAGGAGCGCAACUCUGCCUGACGUCUCAGCAUGAGGAUAAUGAUGAAGAGGAAGGGGACGGCUCACACUUGGGAUCCAAAUUUUCAGAUGAAAACUCUGAUUCCCUCUCUGGAACCAGAAGUUCAAUUUGUUCAGAAGAAGAAUUAAACCCUGUUUUGAUGGCUUUGAAAAGGAGUGCAGAUAGGAAAAUGCCUUCCAAAAGUCUAGAGGACAUUCCAUCAGCCACCUCAAAUAAAGGAAAAAUAAAUAAUCCAAAGGAAGAAUUAGCUCUUAGUGCUGAAGAUGGACCGAAACCUGAUCAGCAUCAAGAGAGGAAUGAAAAUGCAGCAGGAAUCUCCACAGUGCCUUCACAGCCUGAUAAGCUGUUUUCCAAUCCUGAAAAACUGAAAGGACUAAGCAAGUCAGUACCGUCAUUCCUACAGGAAGAGAGUGAUGACAGAGAGACAGAUACAGCAUCAGAAAGCAGUUAUUCCCUUGGCAGAAUCAAGAAGAGUCCCAGCUCUCUAACCAAUCUUAGCGGCUCUUCUGGCAUGGCCUCCUUAUCCUCUGUGAGCGGAAGUCUAAUGAGUAUCUAUAGCGCAGACUUUGGCAACGUUGAUGUGAAGGGGAACAUUCAGUUUGCUAUUGAUUAUGUAGAACAGCUGAACGAGCUCCACGUCUUUAUUUGCCAGUGUAAAGACUUGGCAGUGGCAGAUGUUAAGCGGCAGCGUUCAGACCCGUAUGUAAAGACCUACCUGCUUCCAGAGAAAUACAAGCUGGGCAAACGGAAGACCUCUGUCAAAAAGAAAACUUUUAAUCCAGUCUAUAAUGAAAUACUGCGGUAUAAAAUUGAGAAAGAUCUCCUAAAGAACCAAAGUCUUAAUAUCUCUGUCUGGCACAAUGAUACCUUUGGGAGGAACAGCUUCCUUGGUGAAGUGGAGUUGGAUUUAGGAACUUGGGACUGGAAUGAUAAAUCUAACAAGCAGAUCAACUGGUUUCCACUCAAGCCAAGGACUUCAACAAUGACUCUUAACCUAGAAAAUAGAGGGGAAAUGAAACUAGCCCUCCAGUAUGUCCCACACCCUGUUGCAGGAAAGAAGACUCUACCUACUGGUGAGGUCCACAUCUGGGUGAAGGAAUGCCAUGACCUUCCUCUUCUGAGAGGCAACAGGCUCAACUCUUUUAUUAAGUGUACCGUUCUUCCAGAUACUAGCAGAAAAAGUCGCCAGAAAACAAGAACAGUGGCAAAAACUACAAAUCCAGUAUUCAACCACACCAUGGUCUACGAUGGCUUUAGACCAGAAGAUUUGAAGGAAGCCUGCAUAGAACUCACAGUCUGGGAUCACAACAAACUAGCCAACCACUUUCUGGGAGGUCUCAGGAUAGGCCUUGGAACAGGCAAAAGCUAUGGAACUACGGUAGACUGGAUGGAUUCUACUUCAGAUGAAACUGCCCUUUGGGAGAAGAUGAUGAACUCACCAAACACAUGGAUAGAAGACACGCUACCUCUCAGGAUGCUAAUGGUUGCAAAAUUGACAAAAUAAGGUGGCUUUUUAAUUGCUAGUGUUGAAAAGAAACCUUGGGAAUGAAAUUAAAGGUGUGGCGUGAAACUUGGAAGAGGAACACAGUAGCUCUUUUGACAGUCUCUGCUCCAUUGCUGUUCUGGUUUUGUGCUGCCAAAUGUCACUUUGUAUUUCAAAUUAAUUCUGCCUGCAGAUUAUGAUGUAAAUUUAAGGGAUUCUUUUCACUGAAAAUGACUUCAAGAAAGAAGGCACUUACAGAACUCAGUGGUAGAGGUAGCUGUGAUACCUGGAUGCUUGCGUUGCCUAACUAAAGCCUUGCUGAGCCCUUAAAUACUCUAAAUUACCAGAAAAAAAAUAAGAGCAAGUCACUCGUUCUGUACACUUCCCGGGUUGUUCCUGAAGUGUUUUAUUAAUAAGAUAGCAACAGGUUGCAUUUUGUUCAUGCUCAUUAGUAUGUGUCUGUAUCCUCAUUAUGCCAUGUCAGAUCUCUCCAGUGAGGAACAUGAGCACAAAGAAUUUUUUUUUCUUUUGAAAGUUGCUUUAUUUGUAGUUGUACAUUUCUCAGAUAUGAAAGUUGCUUCUAUAAUGAAAGAUGUGUUACAUGAAGCGGUACUGUCCAUGUCCUAUCUUGCAAGGUGCAGAGGACUGUUACUUUCAAUGUACUAUAAAAAAAUCAGAGUUAUAACAAGUUUGCUUAUAUAUGCGUUAAUCGCCUUGCUAGUAUACAAUCCUUACUCUUAACUGCUGAAGGCAUAGAGGGGGAAACUUUUUUUAAUACAAAUGCUACUGUAAAGGAUCUAAGCCUACCAAUUUUAGUGAUGACAAGUAUGUUGGGUAUUUAUUCUGUAAAGUGUACUCAUCUGUACCUGUAUCUAUUAGUUUGGGGCUUGCUUGGUUUGGUGGUUUUGGGGGGUUUUUUUGUUUUGGUUUGGUUUUUUUUUUCCCAAAAAGUAAUUUAUCUGUGCUUCAGCACCACCAUUAGGAGAAUGCUGGGAUGGUGGUGUUCUUGGUUUAGACAGCUUUGCAGUGUAAGAAAUAGGACUGGAAUUUGUAACUUGUAGAAAUGCAUGCUACUACAGAAAGAUUAAUGCAUAAAAUACAAAAUGUACUACUUUUUUUUUAAAUAAAAACAGCCUUAAAGUGAAAUAGGAAUUCAGUGUUUAUUAAAACCCAGUGGUUUAUGUCAGCAGCUCAGCAUGCAAUAUAACAAAAUGCAGAUGGAAAACAUUUCUGAAAAUAAAUGCCUGUUUCUUUGUUCCAACUGUGUACGUCUAACAAGCUGGUGAAAUCUUGCACCUCGGAGCUGUGAAGAGCCCCCUUCUUACCUCUAACUCAGUUGCUUAAUUUAACCAUAGAAAUUUAAAUGCUACUUGGUAUUUAUUAUACACUAUGAGUGGACAAAAGGAAAGGCGCUAUUCAACCUGCUGGGAACCCACUUUCUCUCUCAUCAACCAGGCGGUCUGUGGAGUUUACAAAUGCCAAAAGCAGUCGUCAUUCCUGAUAUCUUACUGCUUCUGGUGUUUUGGAUGAGACCAGUAGCUGCUGCAGAUCCCUCUUUGCCAGAUACCUGCAGUGUGUUACUCUCGUACGGCUGGGGAACAAUGUGCGUAUGACACUUCAGAAUGACGUACUUGUACUUACAUGGUACUAGAUUUGCAGGCAAGUGUCAUCUGCUGCGUUCUAUCCUGUAUGCAAUUUUGAUCGUUAAACUUGACAGCCAUCAAAAUAAAAUGUUUGGUUUGUGACAGUGUCAAUCUCCUUGCUUUUGGUCAAGUAGAACAUCUUCUGUCUCGCUGUUCUU